AUGAAUAUCUCUCUGGCUCAACCACACCAUUAUGCAGGAGGCUACGAACCGCAGGUCUCCAAAGAGUGGAAGGUGGCGAUCCCAGCCUUCUUGGGGGUCAUCUGCUUGGCUGGCUUUGCAGGAAAUGUGUGCGUCAUUGGGAUCCUACUGUACAACUCCAAAAAGGGGAAACCUUCUAUGAUUCACUCUUUGAUCCUCAACCUCAGCUUUGCAGACCUUCUGCUCAUCCUUUUUGUUGUGCCGUUCAGAGCAGCUGCUUACUCCAAGGGAGCCUGGUCUCUGGGUUGGUUCCUUUGUAAAACCUCAGUCUGGUUCCAAGAUGCUUGCAUGACAGCCAAGAGCUUGACCAUUGCUGUGGUAGCCAAGACUUGCUUCAUGUAUGCAAAUGACCCAGCUAAACAGGUGACUAUUAAGUGGCACACUAUCUGUGCAAUGCUGUUGGUGAUUUGGCUGGUGGCCUUGGGGAUCCCAUUACCUUUGUGGUUCUUUAGCAGCCUCCGGGAGCCAGAGAGGGGCUCUGCUUUGUGCAUCAUGGUGAUCCCAUCUCAAGCCCAUGAGUUCAUGUCAGCUUUUGUCAAGCUCUAUCCUUUGGCAGUAUUUUGUGCACCCCUCACCUUUGCUUUCUUUUAUUUCUGGAGAGCUUACGGCAGGUGCCAACGAAGGGGGACCAAGACACAAAACCUGAGAAAUCAAAUCCGAUCCAGGUGUCUAACAAUGAUGCUUCUGAGCGUUACUGUCACCUCUACUGUGAUGUGGCUUCCCAACUGGAUAUCUUGGCUGUGGCUCUGGCACCAGACGAAAUAUGGGCCUGCUCCUCCACAAGGAUUCAUGGCCACUACUCAAGUCGUGAUGUUUGCUAUCUCUUCAGCGAACCCUCUCAUCUUCGUACUUAUGUCUGAAGAGUUCAAAGAGGGCUUUAAAGGCUUAUGGAAAAGGCUUACACUGAAAAAGCCUCUGCCUAGUCCAGAGGAUCAAGAGGAAACAGCAGCUGAAAAUGAUUCGGAGGGAAUUCCAGAAUCUGUUCCUUCUCCAGAGGCUGUGACUCCUGAUCAAGAGAAAGAGCCCCCUCCUUUGUCGCAUAGCUCAGAAAGCAUGGAAAUUAAGGAGAUGCCCAUUUUGCCUGAUGUAGAGCAAUUCUGGCAUGACCGAGAAGCAGUCCCUGAUGCUCAAGACAAUGACCCCAUUCCUUGGGAACAUGAAGGACAAGAGACAGAAAAGAAGCCCAUUUGAAAAAUCUUGUCACCAUUACAACAUCAAUCUCAUUUUUCUGGU